AGCACCGAGCGGGCGGAAGUGACGUAGCGGAAGUGAAGCAGCGGCCGCCAUAGCAACGGCGGGAUGAACGCGCCUCCGGCCUUCGAGUCCUUCCUGCUCUUCGAGGGCGAGAAAAAGAUCACCAUCAACAAGGACACCAAGGUGCCCAACGCCUGCUUGUUCACCAUCAACAAGGAGGACCACACGCUGGGGAACAUCAUCAAGUCGCAGUUGCUCAAAGACCCGCAGGUGCUGUUUGCAGGGUAUAAGGUCCCACACCCUCUGGAACAUAAAAUUAUCAUCCGUGUCCAAACCACGCCGGAUUACAGCCCCCAGGAGGCUUUCACCAAUGCCAUCACGGACCUGAUCAGUGAACUCUCCCUUCUGGAAGAGAGGUUCAGGGUUGCUAUUAAGGACAAACAAGAAGGAAUUGAAUAAAAUACUCCCUUUGGAGCAAGACUGUUACUUCUGAGGCAGAAUAAUGUGUCUGUGAUUGGAUGAAAUAUUUAAACCUCCAUUCAUGGCAAAUAUUUUCCCCCUUGUCCCACUUCUGUUUAAUUUUUGACAGCAGCAAUAUUUUGAGUUUGGGGUUUGUUUCAUUUCAUAGUUGACAGGCACUUUGCCAAGAGAAUAAAUGUCAUGUUGGAGUUGGUGGAUAAGUCAUUAAAGUGAUUUUUAGUUUUCUAAUUGGAGCCUUAAGGCAAAUAUUUGUCCUGGGCUGUUGGGGAGGUUGUUGUGGGUACAAUUCCAGCAUGAGAAGCUGCUCAGUGACAGCUCUAGAUGAACUCUGCUUUUCCUGCCAAAAACUCCAGGCACUGCCAGCUGAACUGGUAUUUUGUUUUAUUAACUGUCAUCUCUAUAAAACAAAUGCACAAAUUGUGAAAACUUACAGUAAAAGAAACCGGAUGUUUACAAUGAA